AUGAUUGAUUUUGAAUCUUUGCUUGAAUUUGAAGAGUCAUUGAGUCAAGGACAAUCAAGUCUUGAUAAUUCUGCAAUCUUGUACAACUUUGGCUCCAAGAUUGAACAUUUACGAUUCAAAGAAGAAGAAGAAGAAGAAGAAAAGGAAGUGGAUCUGGGUGAUGGUGAACUUGUCGUCAGUGAGCCAUCACCCAUCGGUUCUUCUGUUCCAUCUUUGGCCCAAAUCAUUGACGCUUAUGAUAUAACUCAAGACGAAUUUGCAACAUGCACCAAGUGUGGUGCCAACUUAUCCCAAACCAACAGCACCACCAGUAUAACUACUCCUUCAACAUGUUGUGUAUCCACCAUAUCUCGUACAACUACAAUCUCAUCCAACUUGGAAUCAUUAUACUGGACCAGUUUCAUCGAUAACCCAACAAGGACAGUAAAUACAUUACCUCACUAUACUGAACUAGUUUUGAAACAAGGGAUACCAAAUUGUAUUCGAUCAUACGUUUGGCAAAAAGUUUUUUUAUUGAGCUAUGCCACCAUCCCCAAAUCGAUUAAAUUAGUCUAUGUCAAUUUCCAACAUUCAUAUAGUGUGGAAGUUUCACAACAAAUUUGCAAAGAUUUAACACGAACAUUCCCCACGGUGCAGUUUUUCCAAAAACAAACGACAAUUGAUGACUUGUCGACGAUUCUCAACGUUUAUGCCAAUUACGAUUUGGAAUUGGGCUAUUGUCAAGGGUUAUUGUUUCUUGUUGGGGUGUUGUAUCGUCAUUUACAAUCGUGUGAGUUGACAUUCUAUGCAUUGACAACAAUAAUGGAGACUGAAUUGGAACUACAUGAUAUUUUCACGGCUCAACAUAUGUCGAGUACGUUGAAUUUGUGGUUUAUACAAUUUAGCCAAAUCCUCAAAACGGUUGAUGAACAAUUGUAUACUCAUUUAGUUAUGCAUUGUCAAGUGAAUAUGCAAACUUUUUUGUAUCAGUGGUGGUUAUCAUUUAUGUCGUCGCAUACGGCUGAUCUAUCAAUUAUUAAUCGAGUAAUGGAUUUUUGCCAAUUUCAAGGAUGGAAAGUAGGGAUGAUGAAGAUAAGUUUGGGGUUGUUGGUGGUGAACAAACCCAUAUUGAUGACGUUUGUUGAUUUGGGUGAUGAAGAAGUUGUUUAUCAACAUUUACUCAAUGAGACGAAAUGGGGCAAUGUGGCUAAUGACUUGGAUUUGUUUUUUGGUGAUUUGUUGUUUUCAUGGGAUGAUAAGCUAUUCAUGAGUCCAGAAGUAGAGGUACAACCACAUCAAGUAGCUGCUACUGAUGAAUUGGGAGUUGCAUCAUCUACUGUCAAGACCCAAGUGUCACAACCUGAAUCAUCUUUAUUGAAUACAUUUAAAUCACUUUCAUUAAACUUGAAACUGAAAUCACCCAUUAAACAAUCUGCCAAUACACUUCGAUCACCAUAUCCUGGUUUGUCUCGGCAACGAUCAAGCACUGCUUCAUCAAACAACUCCACAUCACUUAACAAUUCAAUGAUCACUUCGACAUCAUCAGUUUUCUCAACCUCGUCAGCUUCUACAGCCACGCAAAAUAAUCAUUUGCACAACAAGCAUGGAGAGCUAGAUUCAAUAUAUUCUGACAUAAGUGAAGUCAGUAGUCAACAAAGUGGUAGUGAUGUCAAGUCUUUUACAGACUAUUUGAAAUUGCCAUCGUUUACCAACAGCAACAAGAGGGAUACUAUUGGUGAUAGUUUAACCAAGACGACUAGUAGUAAUAGCAAAGAAUCCUUAUUGAUGAAUGAAAAUGAAGCUUUAAAGUAUUUGCUCAAACAAGCAUAUGAUACAUUGGGUAAUUGUGAUAAAACAGCAGAAGAAGUUGAUCUUUUGAAGCUGCAAAUUGAAAAAAUGGUAAUGUAG